CGGCUCCAGGGCCCAGCAUGCGCGCGGGCCCCCGCGGCCACCAUGUACGUGGGCUAUGUGCUGGACAAGGAUUCUCCGGUCUACCCCGGCCCCGCCAGGCCUGCGAGCCUCGGCCUGGGCGCGCAAGCCUACGGCCCCCCGCCUGCGCCCCAGGGACCCCCGCAGUACCCCGACUUCACCGGCUACUCUCACGUGGAGCCUGCCCCGGCACCCUCUGCGGCCUGGAGCGCGCCCUUCUCCGCGCCCAAGGACGACUGGGCCGCCGCCUACGGCCCAGGCCCUGCGGCCCCCGCCGCCAGCCCAGCCCCGCUGGCAUUCGGGCCCCCUCCGGACUUUAGCCCGGUGCCCGCGCCCCCUGGGCCGGGCCCAAGCCUCCUAGCGCAGCCCCUCGGCGGCCCGGGCGCACCGUCGUCGCCCGGAGCGCAAAGGCGGACGCCCUACGAGUGGAUGCGGCGCAGCGUGGCGGCUGGAGGCGGCGGUGGCAGCGGGAAGACUCGGACCAAGGACAAGUACCGCGUGGUCUACACCGACCACCAGCGCCUGGAACUGGAGAAGGAGUUCCACUAUAGCCGUUACAUCACCAUCCGGCGGAAGUCAGAGCUCGCUGCCAACCUGGGGCUCACUGAGCGGCAGGUGAAGAUCUGGUUCCAGAACCGGCGGGCCAAGGAGCGCAAAGUGAAUAAGAAGCAGCAGCAGCAGCAGCCCCCACCCCCCCAGCCCCCAGCCCAUGAAGUAACCCCUGCCGCAGCUGCGCCGCCCCUGGGGGGCCUGUGCCCCAGCUCUGCCAGCCUCCUGGGAGCCGCCUCCCCAAUGCCUGUUAAGGAGGAGUAUCUGCCUUAG